CAUGGACAAAUUGAUUUUUUUUUUUUUUUUUUUUUGUGAGCUUGGGAAAGCUGAUUACUGGUGAGCAUUUUUAUUCAAAAUAAAUAUCAGGGCUGCGAGGUAUCAUGAAAUUUGAGUUCACCAACUGUGCAACCAAUCUGUCAAGUUAAACUUGUGGGUGGCAUGAUCAAAAUGGUUUUAGGUUAAGAGUUAGGAAGGAGGUGCAAUAUGGCAUUGGCCUCUGUUUUCCUAUAUAUGUGAUUCUCACAGACUUAAGCCUUCACCACUGAAAAAAAAUUGAAGUAAUUGAUUCGAACAUGAAGGGUUUUAACUCUAAGGCUCUGCCAAUUAUGCUGGUGUUUGUUCUGGUGAUGACAUGUUUGGUGCAGCAAGGGCAGAGCCAUCCUUGCGGUAACACAUUUUUCUCUGCACUUGUCCAGCUGAUUCCUUGUAGGGCAGCAGUUGCUCCCUUCAGCCCCAUUCCUCCAAGUGAUGCUUGCUGCAACGCUGUCAAAACUCUCGGCCAGCCUUGUUUGUGUACUCUCGUCAAUGGCCCUCCCAUCGCUGGCAUCGACCGAAACAUGGCCAUGCAGCUCCCUGACAAGUGCACUGCCAACUUUGAACCAUGUGAUAUUAUGAAGUAGAAGUAGAAGUAGAAAGUAAGAAAGAGAAGAAGAUUUCAGUGUGGCAGGGGAAGUUUGAAGAAUAAGUGUGUGGAGGGCUCCAAGAAGCUUUCGUCCCACUAAUUAUGGAUGUUAGGGCUAUGACAGUAUGAUAAUAUUAGGGUUAAUUAUGUACUAAAUUAUGGGGGUUUGUGUCUUCUGAUUUUCAUUGUUAUUGUUAAUUAUAUAUAUAAUUAGUACUAUU